GAGCCUUGCUGUAUGUCAGUGGGACCUUCCUGUGUUAUUGAAGGAUGAGUGUGCCUGUCACUAGUUGAGUAAUGGCAGCAUUCACCACAGAGUACCAGCGACUGCAGUCCUCCUACACCGAUUCCCCACCCGGGGAGGAGGAUUUGCUGGUUCAUGUGGCUGAUGGGGGCAAAUCUCCAUGGCAUCACAUUGAAAACCUGGAUUUGUUUUUCUCCAGAGUCUAUCACUUGCAUCAGAAGAAUGGCUUCCUCUGUAUGCUGCUAUCCGAGAUGUUUGAAUUGGUGCAGUUUGUCUUUGUCGUGACUUUCACCACGUUCUUGGUCAGUUGUGUUGACUACGACAUCCUUUUCGCUAACAAGCUGGUGAACAAUACUCAUCGUGAAAGCCAGCUGAUGAAAGUGACACUGCCAGAUGCCUUUCUGCCCCCAUGUGUCUGCACUGCUCAGAUCCGACAGAACGUGCUGAUCAUCUUCAUCUUGCUGAUUGCUGGCGUCUUUUGGGUUCAUCGGUUGGUGAAGUUCCUCUAUAAUGUCUGCUGUUACUGGGAGAUUCGUGCAUUUUACAAGAAUGCUCUGAAGAUACCGAUGGCCCAGCUCCCGUACUGUAGCUGGCAAGAGGUGCAAGCACGGAUCAUCCACAUUCAGAAAGAACAUCAGAUCUGCAUCCACAAGAGGGAGCUGAGUGAACUGGAUAUCUACCAUCGUAUCCUGCGUUUCAAAAACUACAUGGUGGCCAUGAUUAACAAAUCUCUACUGCCAAUCCGUUUUCACGUUCCUAUCCUGGGCGAGGUGGUUUUCUACACCAGGGGUUUGAAGUAUAACUUUGAGCUGAUCUUUCUGUGGGGUCCUGGCUCGCUGUUCCAGAAUGAAUGGAGUUUGAAGUCCGAGUAUAAACGAGCAGGCAAUCGCUUAGAGCUGGCACAGAAGCUCAGCACCCGGAUCCUGUGGAUUGGAAUCACCAACUUGCUCCUCUGCCCGAUUAUCCUGAUCUGGCAGAUUCUCUACGCUUUCUUCAGCUACACGGAGGUCAUUAAACGGGAGCCUGGCAGCCUGGGAGCUCGGUGCUGGUCACUGUACGGACGGUGUUACCUCCGUCACUUCAAUGAGCUGGACCAUGAGCUACAGUCCAGGCUCAGCAAGGGCUAUAAGGCUGCUUCCAAAUACAUGAACUGCUUCCUGUCACCAUUGCUCAGCGUCCUAGCUAAAAAUGUGGCCUUCUUUGCUGGCUCUAUCCUGGCUGUGCUCAUCACUCUAACUGUGUAUGACGAAGAUGUUCUGGCUGUAGAACAUGUGCUGACCACAAUCACACUGCUCGGCCUAUGUGUUACUGUGUGUAGAUGCUUUAUUCCAGACAAACACAUGGUGUUCUGCCCAGAGCAGUUACUCCGGGUCAUUCUGUCCCACAUCCACUAUAUGCCUGAUCAUUGGCAAGGGGCAGCCAAUCGUUACGAGACCCGCGACGAAUUCGCUCAGCUCUUUCAGUACAAAGCGGUCUUCAUCCUUGAGGAACUGCUGAGUCCCAUCAUCACUCCCUUCAUCCUCAUCUUCUGCUUACGGCGCAAGUCCCUCGAGAUCAUUGAUUUCUUCCGUAACUUCACGGUGGAGGUUGUGGGUGUUGGGGAUACCUGCUCCUUCGCCCAGAUGGAUGUGCGGCAGCAUGGACACCCUGCAUGGUUUUCGGGGGGUAAGACAGAGGCUUCCAUCUAUCAGCAAGCUGAGGAUGGCAAAACCGAGCUCUCCCUCAUGCAUUUUGCCAUCACAAACCCUCGGUGGCAACCCCCUCAGGACAGUACUGCCUUCAUCAGCCAACUGAAGGAGAAGGUCAACCGAGAGAAGGGUGCGGUGAUCGGAAACCACAGCCUCCUUCCAGAAAACGGCUUCUUCGCAUCUUUGCAGUCCGUACAGUCGGAGUCUGAGCCUCACAGUCUGAUCACAAACCUGAUUGCGGGCCCCCCCUCCCUGGUGUUUCAGAGAGGGCGAGAGGGACCAUUGGAUCCAGCUUCCUCACUGCGAUCAUUCUCUCCAGGACAGAAUGUUCCAGGCAGUCUCCACACCUCCCUGCUGCGGAACAAGCCAGGACGACACACAGCUGGAUCCGGUGUCGAUAUGAAAAUGAUGAGUUCUGGGAGCAGUGCCUGGGAGGGACAGCUCCAGAGUAUGGUGCUUUCCGAAUAUGCUUCGACUGAAAUGAGUUUGCAUGCACUCUACAUGCACGAGCUUCACAAACAGCAAAUGCAAGGAGAACCAUCUCGUCACCUAUGGCACCGACAAGACAGUGAUGACAGCGGUGAGAGUGGUCUGGAGGAGGCUGAGCUGAGGAGACCAUCGCCAAUGACCAUCCCACGAUCCUCUACCUACCCCGUCACUGCCAGCAGAACAACGGAUCUCCGUGAGGAACCAGCCGGUCUCUUGCACACUAUCCACAGGAGAUAUGGAGGAAUCGACAGUUCUACUGAACCCCAAAGGCCAUUCUCCCAACAGCCCAUGGGGGGCUGGACGGAAAGCUCACCCCUUCAACAUGCUGAUCCUGUACCAGAGGAGGGAUUGGAGGAUGAACUGCCCCCACAAAUGCACCAGGUGUAGUUGAUCUGGAGUAUCUAACAGAUGGUGAAGAUGAUCCAAGAGUUGGGGGCUUUCAGGUGCUUACUGCUGCUGCAUUGUCCAAUGCAUGGCCCACUGGUGUAUGUUUAACUUAAUUUAUUGCAAUGAAAUUGGUAUUUGUGCAUUUGGGUGAUGAAGUAUGCCAAACUACACCCCAGAAUGUUCUGAAAAAUUUUGCCAUUUUUAAUAAAUCAUUGUGAAAGUCUUUGAAUAUUUAUUUUUAGUAAUCCCUCUGGUUUCCCAUCCAUCAGAAUCCUGAAUAAUGUUUUAAAUAGCCCAAAGUCUACUGCUUCCAUGACAGGGCUGGGACAGCGGCAGAGUUGGCCUGUCUCUGUCUGGGACAGCGGCAGAGUUGGCCUGUCUCUGUCGUCUGGGACAGCGGCAGAGUUGGCCUGUCUCUGUCUGGGACAGCGGCAGAGUUGGCCUGUCUCUCUGGGGCUUUUGCCCGAAACGUUGAUUCUCCUGCUCCUCGGAUGCUGCCUGACCUGCUGUGCUUUUCCAGCACCACUCUGAUCUAAACUCUGGUUUCCAGCAUCUGCAGUCCUCACUUCUGCCUCUCUGGGCAGAGAUGCAUUUUUAAGAUUAGAUGUUGUUUGUUCUCCUCUUGGUUGUUUGUUGACUCUCUUAUUUUCGAUUCUGUUCUGUCAAAGGAAUUUCUUGUUUGAUGGACUUUAAAAGUCUGAGUAAACAGAGUGAGGAAUUGGUUUAUCCCAGUGUGGAGCAACAUUUUGUUCAUUGUUAUGGGAACGUAAGGAUAGAAAACCAUUCAGCCCCUCGAGUCUGCCAUUAAUUGAGUUCUGAUUGAUCUGUCUCUCCAUAUCUCACAGACUAGUUUGAGAGUUUUCCCUGAUAUCCAGGUCAAUGUUUAUCCCUCAUGCAACAUUAGAUAAAACUGAUGAUCACCAUUGCCAUUGGUGGCAGCUUGCUGUGUGUUCAUUGGCUGCUGCAUGUUUUUUCAUUAUAAUAAUGACUGUUUAUUUUCAAAACAAACCACUCUCUCUUAGCUGUGAAACAUUUGGGGACCUCCAGUGAGCUUGAACAAAGCUUUGUACAGGUGCAGGUCUGAGGAAGAGUUCUGUGAGAGCUGCUGAGUUUCUCCAGCAUUCUGAUAACUUAAUAUUCAUGCAUGGAGCAAACACCCAUCCAAGUCUGCAUUGCUAUUUCUGUUGUUAUUUCCAUUUCAAGUGAGUGCAUUCCAGAUUUCCAUUCUGUCAUGUGACGACCUGUUUCCUGACUUCACCACCACCAGCACCUUCCCCCACCCCCCAGGACCUAGCUGUGGUUUUAAGGUUCAGCCCCUUGUUGUGGACUCCCUCUCUCUGUAAACCCCAGCCCUAGUUGACCCUAAGGCAAUCAAUCCUGUAAACGCCUUAAUGAGAUUGCCCUAGAUGUAUUGUCACUAUUCUAAUAAUCCAGAGACCCCAAUAACUUUGAGAACCUGGUUUUGAAUCCCACCUCAGCAGAUAUGAGUUCAAUAAAACUGUGGCAUUGAAAGCAUUGUUGAUUGUUGUAAAAACUUACCUGGUUCACUAAUGCCCUUCAGGGAAGGAAAUCUGAGCUGAAAAAUGUG